UGGUCGGUUUCAGUUUUUCGCAAUGUCACAGGCUGAACUGAUUAUACUCUGAUAACUUUUGGUUUCUGGUCCAAAGCGGCUCCCGGUUCUGCUGACACGGGACCGAACGGCUCACAGUUCGGCCUCGGAACCGCGUCCAACACGGCCCGCCGGGUUAUCGGACGGUGAAGCGGCUCCCCCGCAGGCCUCGCUGUUCACCGAGCGAGCAUCGGCGCUCACGCCGCUGUUGGGUGGGUCCAGGUCGGCUGCGGCGGCGGCAUGGAGCCGGGGCACCGCUAGCUUGGUGCUGGUUCUGGGAGAUGAGAAGAACCGUUUCCUCCGAGUCGUUUCCGGUCCAGGAGGUCGGAUGUCAGGAUGAACGGAACUCAGCAGAAUGAUGCGAAGAGACAGAACCUCCUCGAGAGGCUGCUGGACGCCGUCAAACAGUGCCAAAUCCGCUUUGGAGGAAGAAAAGAGAUCGCCACGGACUCGGACAGCAGGGUGAUCUGCCUGUGCGCUCAGUUCGAGGCGGUGCUGCAGCACGGCCUGAGGAAGAGCAAAGGCCUGGCGCUGACCGCUGCAGCGCUGAAGCAGGCUGCCGGCUUCAGCAGCAAGACGGACGCAGAGCUGACCUUCUGGCUGAACGUGAAGGAGCAGCUGAACCGCCAUGAGCUGCAGCGGUUCUACUCGCUGCGCCACAUCUCGUCCGAACUGGGCCGGGGCCGGGCCUGGCUGCGCUGCGCCCUGAACGAACACUCGCUGGAGCGCUACCUGCACACGCUGCUGGCUGACCGCCCGCGGCUCGGGACCUUCUAUGAAGACUGGGCUUUUGUUCUGGACGAGGAGAGAGCAAGUAUGCUGCCAACCAUGGCUGCAGGUUUGAACUCCAUCCUGUUCGCCAUCAACAUCGACAACAGCGACCUGAACGGCGGCGCGCCGCGCGGUGGCGGCGGCGGCUCGUCCGUCUCCAGCCUGCUGAAGGAAUCCACCCAGGGCUUCGGCAGCCUGCUGAAGGAAUCCACCCAGGGCGUCAGCUCCCUGCUGCGGGAGAUCAGCACCGCCACCGCCGUGGUGCCCGGCUUCACCCCGAAGCCCGACGCCUCCGACCCGCUGCCCGUCCUGCCCCGCAGCGCCUCUGCUGGUAGGAAGCCGCGCUGCGUCCUGGAGACAACCGGCCGCUCCGGUUCCUACCGAUCUGUGGCUUGGUUAGGAAAUGAUGUUGACGUUUACAAAUUUAGCUUCAGAAUAGUGAAAUUAAAAUGUGCAGACGCUCCGUCUGCGCUGGUGAACAUUCACUCACCUCUGGAUUACAAAUGCUUGAUGUGUCAGAGGGAGUCGCAGGGCUGGCCGAUCAACAUUGAUGACGCGUUAUCAGUAUCGAUAGAAACUGUAGCCGGGUUGAGAGGAGCAGCUCUGGGUUCGGGAAGCCGCCCUGCCGUCGCCCUGCGAGCCGCCCUGCGAGCCGCCCUGCGAGCCGCCCUGCGAGCCGCCCUGCGAGCCGCUCUGCGAGCCGCUCUGCCUUUGAACGGAACAAACUCGGAGCUGCGUCAGGCCAUCGUAGCCAUGAUGAACAGGAAGGACGAGCUGGUGGAGGAGAACACGUCUCUGCGCAGCCUGCUGGACGGCGAGAUGGAGCACUCAGCCGGCCUGAGGCGGGAAACCGAGCUGCUCAGGAAGAAGCUGGCAGAGCUGGAGGAGAGGCACGGGGCCAAGGUCCAGGCGCUAGCCAGGGAGAACGAAGUCCUGAAGGUCCAGCUGAAGAAGUAUGUCGGCGCCGUUCAGAUGCUCAAGAGAGAAGGGAGCCAAGACAACGACGGUCUGUCCGUCCUGCGGUCCAGUGAAGACCAGCUCCCCUCGCUGCAGAGCAAAUGCAUCGGGGACAUCGAGGAGCUCGCCGCCAGCUACGAGCGAAAGCUCAUAGAGGUGGCGGAGAUGCACGGCGAGCUGAUCGAGUUUAACGAGCGCCUGUACCGCUCGCUGAUGGCGAAGGACCAGCUGAUCGUCCAGAUGAGGCAGGAGCUGAUCGACCUCAGAGGCCCGGUCCCAGGAGAUUUAAGCCAGACGUCAGAUGAUCCCAGCCUGUCGGAUUUUGAGACGGCUCAUCGGGCUCUCGUCAACGUGUGGAUCCCCUCAGUGUUCCUGCAGGGCAGAGCUGCCAACGCCUACCACGUCUACCAGGUUUACAUCCGCAUCCUGGACAACGAGUGGAACGUCUACAGACGCUACACCGAGUUCAGAGAGCUGCACAACCAGCUGAGGGCCCAGUUCCCACAGGUGGACACCUUCAGCUUCCCACCCAAGAAAGCCAUUGGGAACAAGGAUGCGAAGUUCGUGGAGGAGCGGAGGAAGCAGCUGCAGGGCUACCUGCGCACCGUGAUGAACAAGCUGAUCCAGGCGCUGCCAGAGUUCACCGCCCGGCCCACCAAAGAGACGCUGCUGGCUCUGGUACCGUUCUGCCAAGACGCCCUCCAGGGGAACGAAGGCGGCUCCAAGACGCCCCGGUCCAGAACCUCGUCCCGCUUCCCCCGACUGGGCCGCAGCCGCACGCAGGACGCUCGACCCGAGCCGCAGAGCGGCGACCUUUGACCCCGGGACGGCACAGACUCUGAGGACGUUCAGGGGCCGCUGUGGAGAUUUAUUUAAACUGGUGGCGCUUCCGGCCGACCCAAACAUCCAGAACCGGGUCCGGACGGUUCUGCCUCAGAUCAAACCGGUUCUGGGACUUUUACUCACUUUUGUAGUUGAAGUCUUCACAGUGCCUACCAUGUUUUGUAGCUUCUCUCCUGGACCUGGGGGAGGUCAGGGGUCAUCAGCUGUCCCAGUGCCAGACUGGACCUCACACUGCUGGCAUUCCUCCUCCCUGCCUUUGUUGUUAUUGUUACUCUCUCUGUCCUGUCGUUGCUUUUAUAAAUGUGCUGGAUCGUGUCGUCGCCACGGCGACUCGUUCUGUUUUCUACGAUAGCAGAGGAGGAUUCUGGGAAACGGGAGGAUCGGAUGAGCCAAGCGACACCAUGAAUAAUCUGUAAUUUGGCUCAGAUUAGGCCUUCCUGGUUUCCAACGACUCGAUGGCGUCAUGUUGCUACGGCGAUGAGAUUAUUAAAGCCAAAACUGAAAAACUC